AUGGGGUGCGGACUGAGAAAGCUGGAAGACCCAGAUGAUAGCAGCCCUGGAAAAAUCUUUUCUACACUGAAGAGACCACAAGUUGAAACAAAGGCAGAUUCUGCUUAUGAAUAUGUUUUGCUGGAUUUUACUUUAGAAGCAUCCUCCAACCCAGAAGUUAUCAAGAUCGGCUCUGUGCUGGAUAUCGCCUCCAAGGUGGAGGAGUUCUACAGCCGAGGGUUCGUGGUGGGAGCCAUCCACCCCCUCCUGCUGCCCCUGGGGCACAGGAGGGACUUCCCUGCCAGCCACAUGUACCGAGUGGUGCUCUCACGAGUGAAACUGAGCCAGAAGUAUGCAGCACCCAGAGGACAAAGGCACCCCAGGCUGGUGAUUGAGGAAUGUCCUUUAAUGUAUGAAACACUGACAAAUGAGGUGGUGAAAGAACUGUUAGAAAAGGUUAACGAAGCUGCUAAAAGAGGAAAGAAGUUUGUUGGGUUUGUAACACAACAUUUGCCUCAACCUAAAUCCUGCAAUGGCACGACCGCGGAUGGAAGUGCAGAGCCAGAGUCAACAAUGGGCAGAAGAAACAGGGAACACCGAAGGAAAAAUUCUGAUGAGAAUUACAAAAACUGGAGUGAAGGAACACUGAGUGGUCACUCUUCUGAGAGUGGGAUAGAGGAGGAAACGCAAGGAGAAAGCAGUCUGUUACAGGAUGCAGAUUUCCAGUUUGGGAAAGAAGUCAGCCCUGUUAAGCCACGACAAGGAGAAGCAUUAGAAAACAAGCUAUAUACAGUCUUCAAUGUUUUUGAUGAUGAUUCUACCUGCUGGACCUAUCAUGAAGGUGUUUUGUCUAUGAAAGUCACAAGAAAAGGGCCAGUUUUUAGUACACUGGAAGCAGACUGGCUAGAAUUAACCACAUUUUAUUAUAAACAAGGAUUGUCCUUAGUUGAUUCUUUUGUACACUGGGAAACUUCUAAAGGGGACUAUUUGCCCAAAUCUUUAGAAGGAUUAUUUAUCUAUGAAGAAGAAGGUUCUGGGAUUCCAGGUUCUAACAGGAAAGGAAAUGAUGCAAUAGUUGUUGAACAAUGGACAGUCAUUGAGGGAUGUGAAAUUAAAACAGAUUAUGGACCUUUGUUGCACACGCUGGCUGAGUUUGGAUGGCUCCUGACCUGUGUCCUGCCUACACCUAUCGUACGACAUGACAGUGAAGGGAAUCUGGCCACCAAGCAAGUAAUUUUUCUUCAGAGACCUGUUAUGUGGAAUUCUGCUGUCCAAACACCAGAGAGGAAAUCCUUAAGACAAGUUAUCGUGGAGGAGAAAGGCAGAGUCUCCAGCAGAAGUGUUGGAUUAGACACAGCCACUUCUCGCCCUGUGGAAAUUGGACAACCACCUGAUGAGUUUCACCUAUCUCCAUCGAAACAAUGCUGGAUCAAGGAGGGAUCCUCCCAGUAUGGAGGCUUUCCAGGAUUCAGUAGCAGUGAUGGAGUAUUGAGGGAACUGGAUGAUGGACAAUUUGACCAGGAAGAUGGAGUCACUCAGGUCACAUGUAUGUGAGAGUAAGUAACUGCAUCAGAUGGACAUGUGCAUAAUUCACAAAAAUGUGGGUUUUAAAAAAAAUCAUGCUACUUCAGAUGCUUUUGUAUAAUCCUAGGACUUUUCCCCAACUUAUUUUGUACUUUUGUCUGUUCCUUUGUUGUGUUAAUCCUACUGUAGGAAUAGUACUAAUGCAAAAUAACUUGGUUUUCUCUCUUUAAUAGAAUA